UCAUUUGUUUAUGUGUUUGUCAUUGUUUGUUUGUCUAUAUGUGUCUAAUAUUAUUCAUCAUAGUAAUAGUAGAACUUAACCCCUGUCACUCACUUUCACUUUCAGUCUGGUCUUCAUUAUUCGUUCACUUUCAAUUUCACUUUAUUUUUCUAUAUCCGUUAACCUUAACCUUUCACUCGUGCACGAGGAAUCCGCGCACUCGUAUAUUAGAUUUUGGACAUCACAGACGUGUUUUGUUUAUGUCUUAUAAUUAUACUUUGCGUGGCUAUUUCUUCAGGUAAAUUCCAUUUAUAUUUCAUUCUGUAUUCAUUUUAUGUCUUACAUGCUGUAUUUGUAUUUAAGCACUCGUAUAUUAGAUUUUGGACAUCACAGACGUGUUUUGUUUAUGUCUUAUAAUUAUACUUUGCGUGGCUAUUUCUUCAGCACGCCUGGGUUUUGAACCCUCGUACUCCGAGUAUCGCGACAAUAAUUAUAAAACUUUUCUAAUUCCAUUCUCAUACUCUCUCAUCUACCUACGCUGUCUUUACCAAACGCUCAUAUACCAGAAGUUAAUGUAAUUUAAUAAACGAAUUUUGUUAACUUAUUUUAUACACGUAAACAAAACUGGUGGUUGUAUGCACCGAUACAUCAUUAAAAAGACAAACAUGAGAGAAACUUGGAAAGGCAACUUUCAAACUUUUUAAGUCUGUAAAUCUAACUUCUAAUUUGCAGUGUAUACAUGAUAUCUAAGUAUCUUCGAUAUAAUCCUGUUUGAGUGUGUAUUUACUUGCAUGAAUGUGUAUGUGUUUUGUGUUAAUGUUUAAUUAUGUUCAUCACCUUUUUCAUUUUAUUCCUAUUUUAACUUCCCUUUAAAGGUUAACUCAGUUAAUAUUUUGAGUAAACUUACUCCGUACAUCAAAUCCUCACUAAACUGGAAUCCUCACUAAACCGGAAAUUUUGCCCAGUCUGGACUUUGUCCGGUUUAGUGAGCUUCUACUGUACCAAACAAAUAUUGUUUACUUAAAUCUGUGAAACGCUUAGCGUCUUCUAAUAAGGAUAUUCAACUAUAUUUUAUCAGCGACUAUUGCAUCCAGGCGCUUGAUAAAAUUUAGACGAGGGUAUUAUUAAAAAUUAUCACUGGAAACAUUAUGGAAUAACUAAUAAUGACUAUAUAUAUAUAGGUAAUUUUAUAAAUUUUAUUGAGGUAUAAUGAUAGGUUUUGUCACAUACAUUUUAUAUUGAAUGAUGAUCUUUGAUUUUCACAGAUUUGCUGAAACUCCUUUCAGAGCAUUCAGGGAAUCUACUCUCUCACUGUGCAUGUGAACUUGGAACAGGAGAUGGCAAUACAAGAAAUGUUCAAAUACAGAGGCUGGACAUUCAUUACAUGAAAUGAUUUAGACAACACAGUGGUUGUGAAAUCCGAGGUUGACCCAGAAAAUUACGCUGGUACAUCAAGUGCAAGUUUCCGUGGUACGGACAGUUCACUUGACUUUCCAAAAACACCGCCGGAAAAUUCAUCAGGCCAAACAGCGGACAGGAUGAACAGUGGCUGUAAAGAUUUUUCCAACAUGGUGGUUGCGAAAACGGAAAUCAAGACAGAAAUUGACUCGUGGCCAUCAAGUCAAAAUCAAUAUCAGGCAAAUAUAGCGACGGAAAACUCCGCUGAUGUAUCAACUAAAGACAUGAAAAAUAUCACUGGUACAUGUAUAGCCAAUAUAGAAGACACGAAGGAUAUCAUUCCAUUUUCGUUCACUGUCAGUCCAGAGGACAUUCAGAACAAUGAUGUAAAGUCAGACAGGAUGACUCCAGAUACAUGCUCUGACUCAGCAGCCAAUUGCAUGUUAUUAAUGGCACAGAAAAAUAGAUAUACGGCGUUGCAACACGCCCAGACAUUCUCCCCAGCCCAGACAUUCUCGCAAGUCCAGACAUAUUCGCAAGCCCAGACAUAUUCGCAAGCCCAGCCAUUUUCAGAAGCCAAGCCAUUUUCGCAAGCCCAGACAUUUUCGAAUGCAAAUCUGUGUCAAAUUUCUAAUCAAAAUGGUGAUCAAUUUAAGAUGGAAGAAACCUCAAGUCAUAUAGGGUCUGAAAAAGUUUCUCCUUCAAAAGACUCAAUUUCUUUGAGAAAAAAUAAACGAAGAGAACAUGAAGGCGGUGUAUCAGUUGUACAAGAAAAGCGUCUCAAAAAUAGCGACUGAUUGAUGUUAUUGUUAUUGUUUAUUGUGUGAUUGUAUUGUGAUUGCAAUAAAAG